AUGCGGAAACCCCUACCGGAUGGCAGUCUUCAGAUAGUACCCGGAGGUACAUGGACAGCCGACAACGGCGAACAUAUCCAAGCACAUGGCGCAGGCGUGACCCGCGUCAACGGCACAUUCUAUCUCAUUGGGGAGGACAAGACAGGAGGCUCUGCAUUCCAGAACGUCAACUGCUAUGCGAGCACUGAUCUCGUACAAUGGAAGUACGUCGGCGCCCUGCUUUCGCGAACUAGUAGUGGCGACCUGGGGCCAAACCGCAUUGUUGAGAGGCCUAAGGUCUUGUUCAAUGAUAAGACUGGUAAAUAUGUGCUUUGGUUUCAUGCAGACAGUAGCAACUACGGCGAUGCAAAGGUCGGUGUCGCUACUGGCGAUAGCGUUUGUGGAAAGUAUACGUACUUGCGGAGUUUCAGACCGUUGGGCUACCAAAGUCGCGAUAUGGGCCUCUUCAAAGAUGACGAUGGAACGGGAUACCUCUUGACCGAAGAUCGUGAAAACGGUCUGCGUAUUAACAAAUUGACGGCUGACUACACUGAUAUUUCUGGAACAUCCUCCACAUACCUGUGGAAGGACCACAUAGAAGCCCCUGCCAUGCUCAAAUACAACGGACGAUACUAUAUGUUCGGCUCCAAGCUAACAGGCUGGGAUCCUAACGACAACGUCUACAGCACCUCGACUUCCCUGAGCUCGGGCUGGAGCUCAUGGGCAACCUUCGCAGACAAAGGGUCAAACACAUAUUCAUCUCAGACGCAUUACGUGCUUGACUACGGCAACGGAAACGUAAUGUAUAUGGGCGAUCGAUGGGUAUCCAAGAACCUGAUCGCCAGCACGUUCGUUUGGCUACCGCUCAAGAUCGACGGCACAAGCGUCACCAUGAAGAACUACGUGAGCUGGGUGCCAAACGUCGGCGGAGCCUGGUCUGGCCCUCCGGAAGAAGGCAGCUACGAGGGCGAGAAGGGAACCUACGCGGCUGCGGCCAAAGACGUGAGCUGCAGCGGCUGUUCGGGCUCCAAGGCGGCCGGGUACAUCGGCGGAAGCGACCAGGGGAAGCUGACCAUUAGCGGAGUCAAGAGCAACAAGGACGUGUUGACUACCAUCAGGGUAAAGUUCAUGAAUGGAGAUAGCAAACCGAGAUAUGCAGACGUCACUGUCAACGGCGGACAGAAAACGAGGUUGGCGUUCUUGCCGAAUGGAGCAGACCCUGCGAGCAGCGUAUUGAAUGUGAAGCUCAACAGCGGUAGCAGCAACACGAUCACGGUGGAAGGGGUGAACGGUGGGUGGGGACCAGAUGUCGAUCGGUUGAUGGUCCCGGUAGAGUAA